AUGCCGCCACACCGCCGCCCCUUGCUUUUCAACUUCUUCUUCCAACUUCCCUCCGCAUUGUCGUCGCACAUACCCAACACCACCCUCACAAAACCUGUGAUCAAACCAAGUCCUUUUCCACCGCUGCUUCUCAUCAUCAGACCCUACGAAACAGAUUUUUGGCUCGGUUCUAUGUGUAGAUCUCAUGAGUCUAUUCCAGUUUCCGUCCCCCGUCCCCUGUCUCCCUUCUCUCACUCAAAGUCCGCGGGAAGAAAACUGGCUGGAAGGGCCAUGUGCCGGCUUGGCGAUGGCUGGGAUGAAGAAUUCCGUGUCACCAUUUGCCGUCGGCCGAGUAGCCGCAGGACCCGCCAAGUAAGGUUAUUUGGGCAUUGCGUUACGUUGCUUGGCCCACAAGAGCCUCAAUGGCCUUGUCUUGCUUCAUUUCCUCACCAUAAACUUUGA